AUGCUUCGUGCUAGCAGAAUCGUCGGUCGCAGACUGGCCUCAACCAGUGCUCCAGUCAAAACAGCUCAUCCAAUCAGAAACUUCUUCUUGAAACUAACAGCAGCUACAACCGCAUUUUACGCCGGUGGUGUCGCCCUAUCCGUUUACAACUACCAAUUUGCUGAACUAUUCACUGAUAACGUCCCAUUGGCAGAAGAACUAGUGCAAUUGGUCGAAUCCUACAACGAUGGUACCUUAAAUGCUCCCCAAUUAUCUCUGGAAGAAAUUAGACAAAAAUUCGGCUCCUUCGCCAGAAGAGUCGAAAACGUCCGUCAUGAAGGUUCCUCGCCAGUAGCUGCCGUCACACCUACUCCAGUCACUAGCUCAGUUACCGUGCCAGAGCCAGCCGUCGCUGUUGUUGACCCAUCCAUCCCUCCAGUAGGUUCUGUCUUGUUGAAAUUGCCUCACUUGAAGUUGGACGAGGAGUCUGUGUCUCCAAAGAACAAGGAAUUCGUCGAAUCCUUCAACAGACAGGUGGACUUGCUCAACGAAAGCCAUUUAGUGCUUCCCGAAAACGCCGUGGAAUUGUUUUUGAACUCGUACAAGAACCUUUCCGUAGAAUUAAACAAGUUGAACAAAGACUUGACCGAACAAUUGAAUUCCCAAUUGAGCACCCUUUCCUCUGAAUUAAAACAAUCUGUCGAGGCUGAUAAGGCAAAGGAAAUCGAAAACAACAGAGCUCAACUAGUGCAACAGUUCGAAAAGGACUUGUCCAACCUAAAGGUUGAGUUCGAACAGAAAUUCGACUCCCAACUACAAGCUUCCUUGAAAGCUAACGAACAAGCCUUGCUUGCCAAACACAAAAAUGAACUUGCUAUGCUGUCCAUCAAACAGGUGCAAGAAUUCAACAAGAUCAUCUCUGACAAGAUUGAAAACGAAAGAAACGGUAGAUUAAAGAACCUUGAUGAAUUAAAUGACAGCGUUAAGAACGUUUCUGAUUCCUUGGAGUCCAUCGAACAAACGAUACUCAAGUCAGAGUGUAUCAACCAAUUGACCACAUUAGUCUCUUCGAUCAGAUUCAAGCUAAACUUGGAUAACACUCCUUCUUUGGACUUGUCAAAGGACUUGCAAAGAUUGAAACUACUAGUGAACAUAUUGCCCGGAAAGCCAAAUAAAUGCGAAUGCAAGGAACCUCAAUUGAUUGAUGUUGUCGUCAAAGAACUAGACACUUUGAUCUCGGGUAAGAGUGAACAAGAAAGACAGGUCCUUUCCAACGAGCAACUAUUGAACAGAUGGAAUUUGCUGCAAGAAAAGGUCAGAGAAGCUUCUUUGUUACCUCCAAACGCAGGCUUCUUGGGUCACAUCUCUGCUAAAUUCUUCUCCCUGUUCUUGUUCAAUAAAUCUGGUAUCUCUAACGACAACGAUAUUGACUCCGUCAUUUCUCGUGUCUCAGAAAACAUCAAAUUGAAUAGACUAGAUAAGGCUGUCGAAGAAGUCGUCCAACUUCAAGGUUGGUCUAGACUAGAAGCAGAAAGCUGGCUACAAGCCGCCCGUUCCAAAUUGGAAUUGGAAACUCUUGUCGACGUUAUCGAUCACGAAUUAAAGACUCUAUGA